ACACACACACACACACAUCCAGUCAGUCAGUGUCCCUUCGGCCUUCAAGGAGAGUGGGUGUGCUGCAGAGUCUCUCGUUGAAGGGUGACUUGACCGCCAGUUCCUCCCCUUCCCCUGCCUCCCCCAGAGCAAGGUGCUGAUUGACGCCUCCGGUUACCUGCCCAUCACCCCCCACAAGGAUACCACCGUUGAAGGAGUCCUACAGCCACACCCACAUCCUACAGGAACCCAGACACCCUUGAAAACCCAUCCUACGACACCCAGGACACCCCAAACCUCUUAAAGGGAGUCAGAACCUAAGCCAACCCGAUCACAUAAGACAUCAGAGGAACCAGUUGGAGUAUAAGGAAUCGAACGCAAAUUUAAAGGGAUUCAAGUGUUUAUUAAGGGAUUGAAACCUUUUAAAAGGGAUCGAGGGGUUUAUAAGAGAUUCCAAGGCUUUCUGAAGGGGAUCAAGGCGUUCUAAGGGCAGGAUGGCGUGGCUGAGCACCGAGUUCUACUUCUACAAGGGCAGCCCACCUUGCCGCGCCGUCUGGAUGACCUUGAAACUCCUGAACGUCGACUACGAGCCCAAGGAAAUAGAUCUCCUGAAGGCAGAAAACAAGCGGCCGUGGUUCCUCAGGCUGAACCCGCAGCACACUGUUCCUACACUGACCGAGGGCGAUUUUGCACUCUGGGAGAGUCGUGCCAUCAUGAUGUACCUGAUGAACAAGUAUGCCACGGAGGAGAACCAAUACCUGUACCCCAAGGAGCCCGAAGAAAGAGCGAAGGUGGAUCGAAUGCUCUUCUUUGAUAUGGGAACCUUCUACCAUGCGAUCAAGGAGUAUUUCGGCCCGAAGAUGUACGAGGGCCUCCCACUGGACCCGGAGAAGGAGAACUUGCUGAAGACUAGCCUGGACUACCUCGACCAUUUCCUGGAGAUCGGCGGAGUCCAGUACCUUUGCGGGGAUCGGAUUACUCUUGCAGACAUCGCCCUCCUCGCCUCCGUCACCGAGUUGGACGCAAUGGAAUACAGCUACAAGUGUUACGGGGAGUUCAACAGAUGGGUCGAGCGCGUGAAGGCCGCAGUCAAGCCUUACAAGGAAUGCUGUCUGGAGGGCGUGCAGAUGACCAAGGACCGCACCAAGCUCCUCGAAAGCGAAGUCAAGAAGCAGAUGGAGAAGGAACGCAAGGCUUCCCUGCCCAAGAAGUAAAAAGACAAGAGAGGGCGGGCGGGCGGGUCGCGGUAGGAUCUCGCUAGGGAAUAUCCUUCACGGAAUUAAGCUUAGACUGGGAUAGUACUCAUUCAUUGUUGUUUAGUUACUGGUUAUGUAUUCGUUGUAUUCUGUAAGCCGCCCUCCCGCUGAGAUAAGGAGUUUCGAGCGCAAAGUGGGGAUAUGGAGAGAACUGCGCAGUGGAUGAAGAAGCGGGUCUGCGCAGCGUAGAUUCUAAGCACAAAGCAACAAAAGCCUCACUACUUAAUGUAUUACUAGCACAUCACUUCUGUAUCGUUUAUUCAUAAUUUAGCGUCAUCAAGUCAUGUAUAAGUCACCAUUUUAUUCCAUUUCCCAGUCUUGCCGAGGUUCAAACACUUAUCAAAGAGGAGAGAAAGAAACCUUAGAAAUACUUAAGAUUGCCAACUAAGAUUAAUGAUAAAGAAAUAAGUAUAUAUAAGAAAAGAAAAACAAUGGUCUGCGCCUCAGAAGCAUAAUUGACCGUGUUGUGAAGUGAGCGCUUGUUUUCGUUUUUCUUUUGUUUACAUUUUGCGCGCCUUAUAAUAUAGAGAGCAGAAGACAUGCACGCGUUAUAGGUUCAUAUCGUUUAUACUUUACGUUCAAUUCCUUUAUAUAAUUUUUUUGUUGUUGUUAUUCUGGGAGUUUUCGUUUUUCAUUUGUUUUCGUUUGCGUUUUUUGCUUUACGUGUUUUUGAAGGCUUUUGCUGUGCUUCCCUCCAUGGCUGAGAGAGAGAGAGAGAGAGAGAGAGAGAGAGAGAGAGAGUGUUUUUGGCGCGCGGAUCUUGAGUCACGAGCCUAAAAUAUAAAUGACCAACCUAAGCCUUCUUGGAGUGGCUAACCGCGGGAAAGGCAGCAAAAAAGUUAUUAAAUAUGCCAAAAUGAGUCAUGCGCGUCGAGUUUAUGAUAAAAAUAACACUAAACUUCCCUAAUGGCACUUAAAUCUGGCACUACCUUAAUAAAUAAUGAUGUCUGAAGGUAAUUUAAGGGUGGUAAGCGUUGUCAAAUCAUAAAUCGUGAGUGAAAAUAAGAGAAAAAGCCUCAUUAUCGAACAUCAGUUUCCCGGAUGGUGACUUAAAUUUUCCACUUCCUUGAAAAUAGGGGGAUCUGAAGGUAAUUUAAAGGACCUUAGCGCUGUCAAAUCAUAAAUCGUGAGUGAAUAUGAGAGAAAAGGCGUCAUUAUCGAACACAAUUUCCCGGAUGGUGACUUAAAUCUACUUCCUUGAAAAUAGGGGGAUCUGAAGGUAAUUUAAAGGACCUCAGCGCUGUCAAAUCAUAAAUCGUGCGUGCGCCUCGUGUUGUCAUUCCAUAAAGUCCGUGGAUUUUAGUCGAUUUUCACGUGAAGAUGAGGCUGCGAGGUCCCAAGAAGACAGAUGAUGGCAAAACAAUCCUAAUCAAUCCUUAGGUGAGGCAUUUUAAUUAGUUCAUAUAAUCAUCGUUACCAGCUGUGUAGAUGAGGUGGUACUGUUGUAUUAGUAUUAUUUGUAUCAUUUAUAUUAUUAUUGCAAAAGUGGGUUCAUUAGUUUUUUUUUACAGUAGAGGAAACAGUUCAAGGGCAAAAAAAUAAAGGAAAAUAAUGAGAAAAAAAAGCCCACUACUCUCUGCUUCUACAAAAAAGAGGAGUGAUCGAAAGAUAAGUCAAUUUCGGGAGGUGUUCUGAGGCAUUUGUUAGGUUUUGUUUUAUAAUAUAUCGUUACCAGUUGUGUAGAUGAGAUGGGAUUGUUGAUUUGUUGUAUUCGUAUUAUUUUUAUCAUUUCUAUUAUUAUUGCAAAAGUGGAUACAUUAGGUGGAGUAGAAAGCCAAAGUCUACAUCGCUCCACAUAUCAGGGAUUCAUGACAACACCACAACACCUUUCAACACCACUGAUACACCUGUUAAUUAAGGUGUUCAGCGGCGUAACCACCACCACCACCACAUAGCUCUCACCAGCCUCCCGAGCAGCGAUGCCAGAUUAUCGUACUCGGAGGAUCAUAUUUACCGGUUUCUGCCCCAUAACUGUUGACAAGAAACAGCAAUAAUUGGUCAUUUUAACGUUAACUAUAUACAAAGCCAGUUAUUGAGGUGUGAGAAAGAGUUUUUGGGUUGGAAAUCAGCAAACAUAUAAGGUUGGGUACGAGAAUCUGGCAACGUUGCUCCCGAGUUGAAGCUACACGCACGCCAUCUGUAGGCUUCAAAACGCAAAAUCUCACAACCGCGUGCCUUACUAAAGUGCAUUAAACCCCAUUCAGAGUAACUUGAGUGCCAUCUACUGAGUGCCUUAUCGAAACUAAUCGUGUCUUCCCAGAGUUCAAGAAUGUCACAGGAUCCAUUAAACGUAAAACCCAAUAGAUUCAUACGAGUUAAUGGUUCUUAUAUAGGUGGGCAUUCUAAGAGUACGGUACCGAUUCUCACAUCAAUUAUUUUUAAAGGCCAAAAAGAGAGGUAAAAUGCAUUCUUAUGGGUAUAGUUUAGGGUUCAUGGUACAGAAGAAGGGUCAAACUACCAGAAGGGUCAUAAAACUGCCCCUGGAAAUGCCCCAAACUCCUAUGAAAAUCUAUGUAUUAUAAUCCUUAGCUUCCUCGCUACCACCUUGCAUUAGACUGGCGAUCAGUUGAAGUUAUUAAAGAUCGCUGAUGACAGAUUGCAUUUUCAUUAGUGUUAAUUGUAUUUGCUUUAAGAAUAGAAAGUUGGGUCAAUAUUAAUGAUUCAAUAAGUCUCUAAUCACUUUGCCUUCCCUUUGAUAUGCUUACGACCAUUAUUAUUAGAUUUUAAUGGAUAGAAGAGUAAAGACAGAUGCCAAGAGGUUGAUCGUGUGUGUGUGUGUGUGUGUGUGUGUGUGUGUGUGUGUGUGUGUGUGUGUGUGUGUGUGUGUGUGUGUGUUCGCCUGUCUGCCGUUCACAAAGACUGACAGGAAAUUAUAAAAAAAACAAGUAUUAUUGAAAAAUCUUGAUAUCUUGCACCGGUGACCUUAAUAUAUGUGUGUGUGUGUGUGUGUGUGUGUGUGUGUGUGUGUGUGUGUGUGUGUACUUAUGCCAUGUGGUUGUCACGCUCAGCAUUUAUUAUCCCGGCGACGUGUGUACAUUUACGAGAGAACACAUACACACACACACACACACACACACACACACACACACACACACACACACACACACACACACACACACACACACACACGUACACACACACACACACCUGCAAACACCUGCCUGCCGCCGUUUGUUGUGUCCCUCAGUGUUACAAGAGCAGUUUAUGGGUUUUGUUGCUUCUCAGUUGUGUGUGAAAUAAAACUGGAUUCUCUGAUA